AUGGUCGAGCGGCUGAACAUUACCAUCGCCUGGGCCCAGGUGCUCGAGGGCUUCAACGACACGGUGGAGAUUGAAUUCACGACGACGCCCGGAGAACUGCCCUACUUUGAUCUGCUCCGUGUCCCCGUUCUGAGGACACGGCUCGCGGACGACUUUGUGGGCUUCCCCGAGAGUGCUGGCUUCGUCUCGAUCGAAAGCCCGCAUUUCCAGGGGAGCUCAGGAACCGCCAACGGAACCGUGCGCUAUGGGGCCAUGCCCUACCUCGGAAGUCGGAGCGAGUCCGGCGCCCUGGCGGUUCGCCCAUACAAGGUGGCCCGUCAACGUGACGCGGGUCCUGGGUAA